AUGAGUCUUAAAUAUGGCCUUGGUGGUGCUGGGACAACACUGGCGGUGAUCGGAACUUAUAUGCUCUUCACUGGUGAUGGAGAAGCUUUCAAUGUCGGACAAUUUCUCGAAGAUGUAUCACCAUACGCGUGGGCAGAUAUGGGGGUUGGAUUAUGCAUAGGGUUAUCAGUUGUUGGAGCAGCAUGGGGCAUUUUCAUCACCGGCUCAUCGAUUCUGGGUGGAGGCGUAAGGACUCCCCGCAUUCGAACGAAGAACUUGAUCUCCAUCAUUUUCUGCGAGGUUGUGGCCAUCUACGGAGUUAUCAUGUCCAUCGUUUUCUCUGCGAAGCUUAAGAUGGUCGCAACCGACGAUUUGUAUAGCGGAAGCAAUUACUAUACUGGGUAUGCGUUGUUUUGGGCCGGGAUAACGGUUGGGAUGUGUAACUUGAUUUGUGGUGUGGCGGUUGGUAUCAAUGGCAGUGGUGCUGCUUUGGCUGAUGCUGCUGACCCAAGUUUAUUUGUCAAGAUCCUCGUCAUCGAGAUUUUCAGCUCUGUUUUGGGCCUCUUCGGCUUGAUCGUUGGAUUGUUAGUAUCGAGCAAAGCGAACGACUUCACAUAG